AAUGACAAGGACAUACGAUGGUUAGUUAUAGUUAGGCCUAGACUUUCUUCCUAAAACAUGAACCCUUUUGCACAUCAUAUAUUCUAGAUUGCCUGACCCAUUGUUUUGUUCUAAACCCAACCACCCCAAGUGUCCAGAGAUCACAACUGCUUCAUCACCACCUUAAGGAAGAUACGUCUCAACAAAACAUGGCUCUAAAGAUCACAUGGAGAAAUAUCCUACCCGGUUGUUUCAAGGCAAAGAGUCCAACUUCACCGUUGGAGCCAAGAAAUCAAGUUUCGAAAACCAAUUCUCUACAGAGGCUUUCACUCUCGGAUAUAAGUAACAAUGGCUCAUUCUUCUCAGCCAGUGACAUCUCAAAUUCUCUUAUCGGAUUCGGAUCGAACCUUCACAUCUUUACACUCAAAGAACUGGAAAUGAUCACACAGAACUUUUCAUCGACCAAUUACCUUGGUGAAGGAGGGUUUGGACCAGUGCACAAGGGGUUCAUCGAUGACAAGAUUAGGCGAGGUUUGGAGGCUCAACCUGUAGCGGUAAAGUUACUGGAUUUGGAUGGCUCUCAAGGCCACAAGGAGUGGCUGGCUGAAGUCAUCUUCCUGGGGCAACUGAGGCAUCCCCAUCUUGUGAAGCUUAUCGGCUAUUGCUGUGAGGAUGAACAUAGGCUUCUUGUCUAUGAAUAUAUGGCCCGGGGCAAUCUAGAGAAUCAAUUAUUCAGAAGGUAUUCUAUCACCUUGCCAUGGUUGACUAGACUAAAAGUUGCAAUUGGUGCUGCAAAAGGCCUUGCCUUCCUCCAUGGAGAAGAGAAACCAGUUAUAUAUAGGGAUUUUAAAGCUUCUAACAUCCUCUUGGACUCCGAUUACACAGCUAAGCUCUCUGAUUUUGGCCUUGCUAAGGAUGGUCCAGAGGGAGAUGACACACAUGUCACAACGCGUGUGAUGGGCACACGAGGCUACGCUGCUCCUGAAUACAUUAUGACAGGUCAUUUGACAUCCAAGAGUGAUGUAUAUAGCUUUGGGGUAGUUCUGUUAGAGCUACUUACAGGGAGAAGAACAAUGGACAAGAAUCGUCCUAGUAGAGAGCAGAGCCUGGUGGAGUGGGGGAGGCCACUUUUGAAGGAUCCUCAGAAGCUUGACCGAAUAAUGGACCCAAGACUUGAAGGGCAGUACUCAAUGGAAGGAGCUAGGAAGGCAGCUGUGUUAGCUUACCAAUGCCUGAGCCACCAUCCCAAGUCCAGACCUACAAUGAGUAAUGUGGUCAAGGCUUUGGAACCUCUCUUGGACUUAAAUGACAUCCUAGCCGGAUCCUUCAUAUACAUGGCUCCUACAGAAGGCAAAAAGGAUAAUGAUGAUGUAGAUAUAAUAGGAAAUGAACAUGAAGAAACGGAGGCAGAAAAGAAUGAGCACAGAAAUGUAAGUGAAGAGGAGGAGGCAGAAAAGAAAGAGCAUGGCCGCCAUCAGCACAGAAAAGGUUAUAGACAUAAGCAUCGAAUGAGGUCAUUCAGAUCCCGCGCUGUCUACUCUGAUACCGCUCUAUAUAGAACUUACAGAACCAGUUUUGAUAAUCCCAAACUUCAAGGGCAGGAUAUUGUAAACUAGCAGAAAGUUAUUCAGUAAAGAUUUUCCUUUUUUUUGUAUAUCUCCCAACAAAGUCAGAAUGAGACUUUGUUGAGUUGGGUGUAAAACUGUUUCCACUAUAUUUUGUGAGGUCUCAAGAUGAUUUACAACUGCAUGUGAACACUCAUAUGACUUUCUUGUUCGCUGAAUGCUGUUACU